AUGCGAUUGGUCCAGAGGCAGAUCCUGAUUGGCUCAGGGAAGAACACCAGCAAGUGCCUGGAGAAAGAUUUGGUGUUUGAGAGCUCCCCCGGGGCGAAACCCAAACGUUCCAUCGUGUUGCUAGGCAACGCCGGCAUGGGCAAAAGCACGCUCAUCAAGAAGCUCUGCGUUGAUUGGUCCGACGGCCUCCUGCCUCAGUUUGACUUUGUGUUCUUACUGGACGGUAAGGCUCUGACCCUCCCCCCUGAGCCGACCUACAGCCUUCGGUCCCUCCUCCUACACCUCUCCUGCCCCCACCCGCGGGAUGUCUUCAGUCAGGUCCUCUCUGUCCCGGAGCGUGUGCUGGUGAUAUUCGAUGGCUUCGAGGUGGUGCGUGACUUGGAGGGGCUGCUUCAGUCUCCAGCGGAUGACAGUGAAGGGGAGAACUACAGCGUUAGACAGCUGUUCUCAGGUCUGCUCCAGAGGAAGCUGCUACCAGGCUGCUCUCUGCUCCUCUCUGCCCGACCACGAGGCACCGUCAGUGGGCUGCUGAGACGGGCUGACAGCCUCCUGGAACUCUCUGGCUUCUCCCCUCCGGACAUCGAGAGAUACCUGGGACAAUACUUCUCUGGACAGUCCCUAGAGGCCCCAACCUCAGUCCCAGACUCAAUCCCAGUCCCAACCUCAGUCUCAGUCCCAGUCCCAGUCCCAGUCCCAGUCUCAGUCCCAGUCCCAGUCCCAGUCCCAGUCCCAGUCUCAGUCCCAGUCCUAGCCCUCACCAGGCUCCACAGCCAGCCGUUCCUUCUGUCUGUGUGUUGGAACCCAGCUCUGUGUCACAUGGUCUGUCUGCUUCUAGAACACUGGGAUGUUUCUGAGUCACUCCCCUCCACGCUGACUGGACUGUGUUACAGGGUGUUGCUACUAAAGAUGAGACGACACACCCUGAAACACACACACGGUCAAACCCUACCCCAAACUCAAACCCAGGCACACACUCACACCCUUAAACACACACACGGUCAAACCCUACCCCAAACUCAAACCCAGGCACACACUCACACCCUUAAACACAGUCAAAAACCCACCCCAAACUCAAACCCAGGCAAACCCUCACCCCAAACACAGAGGAUCAAACCCUACCCCAAACUCAAACCCAGGAGAAGAAUGAGGAGGGAGAAACACAGUCAAAAAAACGAGGAGGGAGAGAAAGAGAGUGAGGAAGAGAACAGGUGCGUUCUGUCAGAGUUGAGCGGUCUGGCUUGGCAGGGGGUUAAAGGUCAUUCAUCUCUCCUGACCCUGACUCUGGACAAUACCGUCUGUGUCAAGCUGCGGUUGUUUGGCCUGACGACUGGACUGGUCCAUUCUCACUGGCUGAGGGGGGAGCAGGGCAGAGAUGGUGACAACAUCCUGUCCUGGGCCCACCCUUUCCUGCAAAGCUUCCUGGGCGGGGCCCACCUGUCCGUCUCCAGCUGUGUGUCUGACCGCGCUCUGCUGGCCCAGAUCCUACCGCAGCCCAGAGGGAGGCGACGGCCUCAGGGAGAGUGUCUGGACCUUGCUCAGCGAUUCGCUGUCGGGCUGCUUUUCCGGAACAAUGCGGACCUCCGGGAUCUGGCCACCCUGGAUACCGGCGCCAUGAAAGUGGUGGCGGCCAAGCGAGCCGCUGUGAUAUUACACCUGGAGAGCCUUCACCAUGGCGACCUGAGCCCCGCUCGGCUCCUGGAGGCGUGUCACUGCGUUUACGAGACAGGCGACGUCCGCUUGGUCAGGCACCUGGUACGGAACCUUCCCGAGGUUCUGUCGUUCCAAGGGGUUCCGCUGUGCCCCGCCGACGCCUUCGUCGUGUGGAACCUUUUGGACCAGUGUAGAACGCUGAGGAGGAGGUUCUGUCUGGGGCUGGAGGACACAGGACUGAGGAUGACAGGAUUAAAAUUACUGACGGGUCUCAGCAACAUACACUCAUACAGGGCGUGUAUCGCUGACACCAUCACUCUGUGGGAGGAGCUAGAGCAGAGUGGGGAGGAGGAGCUUCUGAAAGCGACUGUGUCCAAGUUGACCCUUAACCCUUUCAGAGCCACACAGGUGUCCCACGUCCAACACCUGUCCACACUGGUCAACAUACACACAAGCAGGAGACUGUCUGAGAGCCAAUCAGAUGGUGUCCUGGGGGAGGGUCUACCGGCAGUCAGAGAUCUUCACAAGCUGGAGUUUGAGUUGGGGCCAGUGAAUGGUCCUCUGGCGCUCCCUAAACUCCUGGAGCUGCUGCCAGCCCUGCACAGUCUACAUCACCUGGAUCUGGAGAACAGUAAACUGGGGGACAGUGGGGCUGAGGGUCUGGCUGGAGCUGUGCUGUCUCUCUCCUCUCUGCAGAUUAUCAAUCUGUCCCAGAACUGUAUAGGAGACCAGGGAAUAGAGAGUCUGGCUCCUGCUCUGUCUACCAUCCCCUCGCUGCACUGUCUCAGUCUGUACAGUAAUGUGAUAUCUGGGGGUGCUGAGAGUCUGGCUGCUGUUUUACCUCAGAUGACAUCACUCAGUGACCUGGACGUCAAGUACAACAGUUUCACGGCCCUGGGAGCUCAGAAUCUGGCUUCCAGUCUGAGGGACUGUCCAUGGAUCAAGAGUCUGGGGAUGUGGAAUGUGUGUAUUCCCUACGGAGUGUUAGAGAGACUGCAACAACAGGACCCACGGAUACAGCUGCUCUAGAACAUUGUUCUAAUGUUCUAACAGAACCCCAGAGGAUACAGCUGCUCUAGAACAUUGUUAUGUUGUUCUAACAGAACCCCAGAGGAUACAACUGCUCUAGAACAUUGUCCUGUUGUUCUAACAGAACCUCAGAGGAUACAGUCACUCCUAGAACAGGAUUAUGAUAUACAAGUGCUCUGAAACUGUCUCCCAGCAAGGUUAGGGAUACAGACCUGUGUCCUGUGUUCCUGGACACCACUGUUCUGUUCUGUGUUCCUGGACACCUCUGUAUUGUGUUCCUGGACACCACUGUUCUGUUCUGUGUUCCUGGACACCACUGUUCUGU